CAGGGGUAUACCUGAAAAAAUACGUAUCCAUCGUGAUCAGCUUCUUCAGUUUGAACAUGGUCGUUGUCCCUGGUCUAAGCUUCAUGGGCACGUGAUUUCUCCAGACGAAUCGCCACGCUGCGCCACUGACGCCACGCACUGUCGAGUUCCGUGUGGCGAUUUUUCGAUCACAGCUGGGGAAAGGGGCAACACGCCGCUGGCCGUCUCGGAAAACAGCCAAAGAUUCAUAUCUACUCUCCAGCCACAGAGUUAGGAAUCGCACAAAAUGGGCAGACUCAACGAAUACCAGGUCGUUGGCCGUCGUGUGCCAACUGAGAAAGAGCCGGUGCCCAAGUUGUACCGCAUGCGCCUUUUCGCUCCCAAUGAGGUUGUCGCCAAGUCACGAUUCUGGUACUUCCUGAAGCAGGUCAACAAGGUUAAGAGGGCCUCUGGUGAGAUUGUUUCCGUCAACCAGAUCUUCGAGAAGAAGCCUUUGACGGUCAAAAACUUCGGUAUCUGGAUCCGUUACGACUCCCGCUCUGGAACUCACAACAUGUACAAGGAGUACCGUGAGCUUACCCGCACGGACGCUGUCGCUUCGUGCUACCAAGAUAUGGCCGCCCGUCACCGUGCCCGCUUCAGCUCCAUUCAGAUCAUUAAGGUCGCUGAAGUCAAGGCCGCUGACGUUCGUCGUGCUUACAUCAAGCAGAUCUUGGACCCUAAGCUGAAGUUCCCCUUGCCUCACAGGGUUACCCGCCCUGCCAGCAAGCGGUUCCGUCCCGUGUUCAGUGGUGUUCGCCCAGGCACUUUUUAAGGACUCGGAGCAGAGCAAUGUAAUAUAAGCGCCUUAAUACCCACAUUUUGAAACACUGUGACUCUCUCAUGCUGCGAUGCUCUGCAGACAUGCAAUGUGCAGGGCACAGCGGGGGCAGCGCAAACACGAAGAGUUGGUCGUUGGGUACCAAUCAAGGAAUAUAAAGACAACUUUGUAAAACUCGUACGACUUCGUAUCUUGGGAUCGUGGCCCAGAAAUCCAG